AUGUCUGAGCCAAACUCACAAGCGCAACCUCCACCUGGUUUCGUAAUCAAAGACUACUCAAACUUCCCACCAAAGACGCGCCUCUCCAUCGCCGACAAAGUAGCCAAGCUCGAAAGAAAAGUCUUCCCAGCAAUCGAGCAUUUCAACUACGAUGUAGAACUCAAGAAAAAGAACACGGGACUACUCCUGGUUUUCAAAGAAGACGAUGCAGACAAGCUGAUCGGAUACCUCGUCUACCAGCGAAUGAAGAGAUUGGCUUGGCUACAUAAACUCUGUAAAGAGGGAGAGGGCUUGGUAGAGCUCUGA